AUGUUGGUUGGGGGAUACAUACGAUGUAUUAUAGAAGUCAAAAUAGAGAACAAAGCUGUAAAACAUCCGUUAAAACGGAAGGAGACGGGAGUACCCUGUAUAAUACAGUGUGUGCCUGACGUGGCACUUGACAUUCCUCCAACACAGCAGAACAGUCAGUACACCAUUAUCAUCGACAAGGUGGAGGUGGUGGAACGGUUCGAUAUGAAGCCGACUUUGCACUUGCUUUUCCUGGGAGUAGUCGUUGGUAUACAGACCAGCCAAGGUGCAUUAUGGCAUGUCAGUGUUUUCAUUGGUACUAGGGAGUACUCUGCAUCUAGUGACACACUCCUAUUGGACGUGCAAGGUACAGCUAACAGCCUUCCCAAUAUAAACCUCGGCAACAAUUUCCGACCUGGUGAGAUAAGACGAAUUGAUCUAGAUGGAGAUUUUGGAAAAAUCAACAUUAUCCGCUUAUACCAGACAAGGAAUGAUGGGAUGCGUGUUCAAAAGGUGGUUCUGGAGGAUGACAAUGGUCGCCCAUAUACAUUUGAGUGUAACUGCUGGAUACAGAACGACCAACCAGCGGACGACAGUAAACCAUCAUGGACGCUCAACUCUCUGAAUUGUUACUGGAAUGAUUCCAUCCCAAACUGUGCUGAAGUAAGGCGAGUUUCCUGUCAAAACGGCAAAUGCGAUACGUGUAAUGAAGGUUACAUCCUCCGAGGCGAAGUUUGUAGACUGUGUUUCAAUGAAAUGGUUAUCAGGAAUGCCUCUGUAUUGACGCAUACAUCAUAAAUUAGUGAGGUGGUGUACAUCUCGCCACGAGGCUACGUUGGAAGUAAACACGACGUAUCAUACCAUCAUCACUAACACUACACAAUUGUUUCAUCCAUCAAGUACAUGUGUCAAUUCCGUCUUUGCGAAUUGCAGAGUUAUCUUCACUUGAGAAC